CUACACCGGUUAGGCGAGGAUAUACACACAGUUAUACACACACACACACACACACACAUGCUCGGUCGCGCGCGCACACACACAUACACACACACACACAUCACACACACGCACACACACACACGAGCACGCAAGACUUUCCGAAAAACCGUGCGCGUGAACCGGGGAAAUCCGACAGGAUGUGUUUGUAAUUGAUGCGCGCGGACACGGUGUGUGUGUGUGUGUGUGUGUGUGUAUGUAUGUAUGUGUGUGUAUGAUUAUACGCGGCAACCAUGGACUUUUGAUCACUGCAAGGAUCGAGGACAUACUUUUAAAAAAUAAUAAUAUUAAUAAUAAACAUUCCCUUCUCUAAAGCAAAGCGGAUGAUUGAAUAAGCAUCAGAGCGCGCACGCAUGUGCCUGGAGCACAACUAGCAAGCAGGGUUGAUUUUUUUUUUUUCCUAUCAUAAAAAAAAAAAAAAACGAGGAAACUUUUUUUCUGCUCUUAAUAGGUCCUUUUUCUUCUCUAGCAUUGGCUCCUGUGCAAACAGCCGCGUUGGAUCCGUCGGGUUACUGCGAGCCUCCGGUGUACAACCCGGACCUCUGCCCCAACAUGAUCGCCGCGCAGGCCAAGCUCGUGUACCACCUGAACAAGUACUACAACGAGAAGUGCCAAGCGCGCAAGGCGGCCAUCGCGAAGACCAUCCGCGAGGUGUGUAAGGUGGUCUCAGAUGUGCUCAAGGAGGUCGAGGUCCAGGAACCGCGCUUCAUCAGCUCGCUCAACGAGCUGGACAACCGGUUCGAGGGCCUCGAAGUGGUCUCGCCGACUGAGUUCGAGGUGGUGCUUUAUCUGAACCAGAUGGGCGUCUUUAACUUCGUGGAUGACGGCUCGCUGCCCGGGUGCGCCGUGCUGAAGCUGAGCGACGGCCGAAAGCGCAGCAUGUCUCUCUGGGUGGAGUUCAUCACGGCCUCUGGAUACCUGUCGGCGCGCAAGAUCCGCUCGCGUUUCCAGACGCUCGUGGCGCAGGCCGUGGACAAGUGCAGCUACCGCGACUCGGUCAAGAUGGUGGCUGAUACGAGUGAAGUGAAGCUGCGCAUUCGAGACCGCUACGUGGUCCAGAUCACACCGGCGUUCAAGUGCACAGGGAUCUGGCCGCGCAGCGCCGCGCACUGGCCCCUUCCACACAUCCCGUGGCCAGGUCCGAACCGCGUGGCCGAGGUCAAGGCUGAGGGAUUUAACCUGCUCUCCAAGGAGUGCUACUCGCUCAACGGGAAGCAGAGCUCGGCCGAAAGUGACGCCUGGGUGCUGCAGUUCGCCGAGGCCGAGAACAGGCUGCUGCUUGGCGGAUGCAGGAAGAAGUGCCUCUCGCUGCUGAAAACUCUGCGCGACCGGCACCUCGAGCUCCCCGGCCAGCCGCUCAACAACUACCACAUGAAGACCUUGGUGUCCUAUGAGUGCGAGAAGCAUCCCCGGGAGUCGGACUGGGAUGAGAACUGUCUGGGAGACCGGCUCAAUGGCAUCCUGCUGCAGCUCAUCUCGUGUCUCCAGUGCCGCCGGUGUCCGCACUACUUCCUGCCGAACCUCGACCUGUUCCAGGGCAAACCGCACUCUGCGCUCGAAAACGCCGCCAAGCAGACAUGGAGGCUGGCAAGAGAGAUCCUGACCAACCCGAAAAGUUUGGAGAAGCUUUGAGGUAAAGCAGAGACUCGAGAAAUCAUACCCACAUGUACUGUGUGAAGUGAAAGCUCCUAGUCGGUCGGUCGGUCGGUCGGAUCGGGCACCCGGAGGUCCGGAGCCUGUUCCAGACGAGCCGCCGGGACAAAAACCAAACACUCACCCUCACUGAUCUUUAAACCUGACCACAUCACCUUCUUGUUCAAACGUGUCUUUAUGAAAAUUAUUUUAGAUAUCACAGUCUAAAAUGGUUUUAUUGGCUUGGCUCAUGUCUUGAAAUCACUCUUCUAUUUUGUCCUUUGUGUUGCUCACACGAGCAAAUAACAAUCAAAAUGUUUAUUUGGUUAUUUAUCAGUGUUAUAUGCAUUCCUUCCCUCCCUACACACUCCUGUUUGAGCCGUUAAACCUUUUAAACUCCUCUUAAACGUUGAUUAGACAAAAAACCCUGUACAUUUUUAUACUGUAAAUACACACAUUUGUAGAUUGUGAUUCCGCAGGUCAAAAAAUUGUGAAUGUUGUUCUGUGACAUGUAUAAUAGAAGUUUAAAUCCACCUGCUUUUUUUUUUAAGCAUCGCGUGAAUUAUUUCUGAUAUAAACAUUUUUUGGGGGAAAAAAAUCCCCAUUUAGAGCCGCAGUGAUAGGUUGGGUAUUGUUCAUGGCAAAUUCAUCAUUUUUAGAGUUUACAUUUGGUGAUAAUAUUUGUUACCUGCUUUUUUUUUUUUAAAGACAUUCCAUAAGAAUACUUGAAUUCUUAUUUAAAGUAUAUUCCACCUUUUUCUUUUCUUUUUUUGUCUUUUUUUUCUUUUUGGUUGUACCUUGCUUACGUGAUAAAAGCUGAAAAUGAGAAUAUUGAAUUAUAUAUAUGAGAAAAAAAUAUACCUGAAA